AUGGCCCCAAGAUCUUCAAGACUGCACAAUCGGACUGGACUAUCCAGCCAAAAGGUCCGGCAGCUGGGUUCAACACACGAUCAGAAUGGUUGUCAGUUGGCAACUAACACUCUUGCAGGUCCUAAAGCCCUCUUGCAAUGUGCUGCUCAUGCACAGGCUCGCAAGAUUGAAUGUCUGGAAGUCCAACGCCGUGUAGACGCAUUUGAUGCCCAGCUUCCGGCAAUUACGGAAGCUUACCUUGAAUGGAGUUUGCAGCGCGCUGAGAAGGUAACUCUCACCCUCAACGCCACCGACUCCUUUAUUGCUUCUGCCCUCGUUCAUCAGGGUGUAAUCCCUUGUUCUCCGAUCUCUCCAUCUGUUGCUGUGACAGUGGAUGCCCUUGAGUUCUACCGAAUCGCACAUCUAUGUGACCCACAUUUCUUGAUACAAGCAUUUGUCAAGACUCUGUGUGAUUUGCACACAGUUGAAUAUUGUCGCUACCUCUCACGUCAACUGACCAUAGCGUUUGAUCUAUAUCUACAGGUCCGCUCAAGUGUUGAUGCACUCGUGGCUGAAGUCCUUAAUUGCAACACGCCCAAUUGGCGCCUCAAGCAUGCAUGUCCAUCAUGCACUUAUACAUUGGUGGACGAAGAACAACUCACAUUCAAGCUCCUGUACGCCAUGGAUGGCAAUGACUCGUUGAAGCGCAUUCUUCGGCGAACACUUGGUGUAGAUGACGAGGACACUCAGUCAUCUGAACUCCCCACAAUGCAACAAGUCCGAGGUGACCGAUAUCUCCCUCGCAACUAUGUCAACAGUUGGGGAAAUGGUCGUCAAGAAGAGGCAAACACUACUAUAGGCACCGAUGACACAACUAAACAGAUGUGGGGAGUGUAUGAUGAAACAGGUAUAUUUAUUGCCGUCUGCCACCAUGGCUUUAGUCUGGUGAUGGCUGAUAUGGUACAGAGCGGGGAAUUGGCAAAAUAUCCACUUGCUGUGGUUUCGAAGCUUCUCGACACAUUUGGUAGCGACCUCGGUGGUGGAUACGACAUGGGAUGUCAAUUCAAGACAACACUCGACAACAGUUCAUUGGGUACCUGUGCACGAUCCCUCAACUACACAUCGCUGGUCAGUGCUUUUCACGGGCACACUCACAAACAGCUUUGUCAGUUCAACCACCUCGCAACGUAUGUUUCUGGUCUAGGGCUUGAAGACUUGGAGACAUGCAAACGUACCUUUUCGAAGUCAAAUGCAUUAGCGUCGACAAUGCGCUAUGCCAGCAUCUUCCACCGUCAGCAAGGUAUUACAAAUUAUUUCGAACACAAUGAUGACUAUGAGAUGUACGCGAAUUUAUCGAAUUUUCUGUACCAUAACUACAAGCAAGCCCUCAAUAUCAUUUGCGACAGCCAAAUAACGCUAUUGAAGCUCAUGCAAGAUAUCAACGUUACCGAGGAAUCUACUUUCGAUGAGUGGCUGAAAGAGGAGAAAGUUUACCUCCAGGGUCUUUGCACCGAGCCCGAGCUCGAGACGUUGCAGAUGGAGUAUUGGCAGAAGUUGGUCAAUCUGAGCGCCAGCAAGAAUGAACUGGAUACUGCCAGCUCACUGUGGGCUAUGUCCACACCUUCAAAUGCCCAUAGCUUGGCAUCCGACGAGAGCGCGACAAGAUGGCUUGAGACGACCAGAAGGCAUGCCCUGGAGAACUUUGAGAAGGACUUGGGAGUCCGCUCGCUUGACCAGUUGGAAGGCCUCAUUGUGGCACGGAUUUUCGAGCUCACCAAAAUGAAUAGGUCUGGCACGGGUGACUAUAAGAUGCGCAAACACAUCGCCAAGGCAUUGCAAACUCAUUCUACAGCAAUCAGGAAUGCUCUCGACCGCUAUAACGCUGCAGCGCGUGCAUUGUCCCCUCCACGCUGGAUGUUAAAAUGGGAGGAGGUGGUGGAGUAUGCAUUUCUUGCAGACUUCGACCUCCUUCGCGACUCAUGUUCCGACAUCUCACAACGGCAAUGGGCAACGCCAGCAGCUCACCAAGCCACUGACUUAUAUUUCAAACGCUGUCGUGCAAAAGAAGAGAUCACCCGACUCAAUGUUGAGGUGCGCCACCUUGCCUCAUAUAUACAUGAUGAGGAUCGCUACCUUCGCGAGUGUCAGCAACAAGCGGAGGCCUUUAGUCCAGCUCUCGCACAUCAGAUCAGUUUGUGGAGGCAAGCCCGAGGCAGGUUCAACUUUCAUCACAUCAAACGCUUGCAAGACAUCACCAGACUUCCUGGGUUCUCUGGCACCAUUGUCCCUGGAGAGUGUGUCCUUAGAGACACCGGAGAGAAGUCUGCGGAUGAUCUUGACGAUGACGAAGAGGAACUAAUGAAUAUGGAGGAGGCUGCCGAAGCCCUACAGAACGUUCUGCAUAUUGCCAUGGACUCAUGA